AUGUCCUACUCUGAUCCUUCAGACGGAUUCUCCUUGGGUGGACUUGUCGUGGUAUCCAGUGAUCUCCAACCGCACUGCCCUUGGUACGCUGGUGGCCGCCAAACUGAAGUUAGGGCUCCCAAACAGACAUUGCCAACUCUCUAUGUAUCACCAGCCGGCAGAGUACGAUUUAGCUUCAAUAGCGAAUGGCACGCCCCCUCUGAAAUGCAUGUCAUGACAGAUCUCUUCAAGAGUGCAUUGAAAAUCAGUUAUAAUAGCGUGAAAGAGAUGGUCCGUCUCGUAGGACAACGACUUCGGGAAUUGCUGGAGCCUAUGAGCGUUGUUCUGAUCUAUGCAGAUGGCUCUAUCAACUGGGUCAUUGCUAUGUUUGCGGUUCUCUGGGCAAAUUUAAGGGUUCCGCAAGAAGAUACCGGUACCUUGACCCCUGAUGGUUGCAAGUUGAAGUUAUGCGUCGAAACAAUUCUGCGAGAGGCUCAGGGGAGACAACAGAAUGGCCCGGACCCGGCUAUAAGGCAGCCCAAACCUCUGUCGGCAGCCUAUAUAUGCUUUCCAUCUGGCUCGACCGGGAAACCAAAGGCUAUACAAUGCACCCAUUCAGGUGUCGUUAGUGUCCUUAGAGACCCUGUUGCUCGUCUACACGUUGGGCUAGGCGUCCGCGUAGCUCAAAUGCUCGCGCCCGCUUUCGAUGGUGCUCUACAAGAGGUGUUUUCCACUCUCUGCUAUGGCGGCACGUUAAUUCUGAAAACCCCUACGGAGCCUUUUGAGCAUUUGCGAGUGGCAGACUCAGUAGACAUGACUCCCUCGCUUGCAGCAGAAUUGAACCCAGAGGACUAUCCCAAUCUCAAGUAUAUAUACCUAUCCGCUGAAGUUCUGCCACAACACACUGCAGACAGGUGGCCAGCCGGACAGGCCAGCGUGUACAACAUGUGCGGCCCAACGGAAUGCCACAUGGUGUCUUCUGCUCAGAAACUCAAGCCCGGACAAUUUGUCACCAUUGGGACACCGUUCGAGUCAGCGCGUGUCUACAUACUCGAUAGGCAGGGGGCAUUAUCACCUCUCCUCAUCGCCGGCGAAAUUCACAUUGCGGGAGUGCAAGUGUCCCCGGGCUAUAUCGGUCUUGACGAAGAAACAAAGCAGCGAUUCAUUCCGAAUACGAUUUGGCCCACUGACGGCGGACGCAUGUACAGAACUAUGGAUUGGAGCUACUGGACACUUGAUGGUCAAGUGGCAUUUAUAGGCCGCAUGGACAGACAGGUAAAGCUUGCUGGGUUUCGCGUUGAUCUCAACGACGUACAAGCAAGACUAGAGAAGGCCAUUUCGCCAAAGGUUCGCGUUUGCUGUUGUCGUGGCUGGGGAUGCUUUAGCUUGCGCAAUAUCGGAUGGGCACAAUUUGAGCGAAGACCAAGUCAAAGCAGUAGCAGAAACUGUGCUACUGCCACAGAGUGUCCCGAAACUAUUUCUCGAAGCGAUGCCGGUAAACCCAUUUGGUAA